AUGAAGACCAAAGGUAUCGAGUCGGCAUAUGAGACGAGCCUGUACAACGGAUGCAAGUACAACGAGCGCGUGUAUACAAUGAAAGGUGGGGAGUUCUCAAACGGCGAGGGUAAAUUGGAGGCAAUUAUGGACACGACCAAAUUGCUGAUGAAAGCGCGCGCCAUGCACUACAUUCUACCUAACGGAACAUCAGGCAUCAUGUCGUCCAGCAGCUCCAAGGUCCCGGAACUGUCCGAGUACAUGAGAUAUCGUCUCAAGGUAACGGCUGCAAGCAAAAACACUGACUAA